UUCUAGUAAACAACAUUUAUUUAAUAUUUUUAUUGAACAAAUAACAUGAACUUCAACUCAAAAAACCAUUUAGGAGACAGAAAAUUUAUAACUCCAUAAAAAGAACAAUUGGACAAUGAUCAGAUCCUUUGAUAGCGGAGCGUAUGACGUUGGCUUUAACAUGUUUUAAAAAGCGUUGAGAAACAAGAAAAUAAUCAAGUCGCCAUCCAACAUUUCUGUCGCGACAUUUAUUCAUAUAAGUCCAAUAAGUGUAAGCGCCUUCUUCUUCGGGAUUAAAAUGACGGAAUGUGUCGACAAAGCCUAACGACAAGAGCUCAGUGAAACCAUCUCGUUCUUCUUGAGUGAAGCCAGCACUUUUCUUAUUUGUUUUUGGAUUGGCAAGAUCAAUCUCUUGGUGACUAACAUUCAUGUCACCUGCGAUGAUGACAGGUUUCUUCUUGUCCAAUUUUUUAACAUGAUCAUCAAAGACUUCAUUCCAACGUAAGCGUCUAUCCAAUGUUUUUAAUCCUCGACCAGCAUUGACGACAUAAACAGAAAUCAAAAAGAAGUUUUUAUAUUCAGCAGUGAUGAGUCGUUUUUCAUCUUCAAACUCUGUUCCAGGUAAAUCGAAGGUGACAUCCAAAGGUUUUACCUUACUGAGAAUCGCAACUCCACUAGAUCCCUUUUUAAUAUUCCAAUAAGCAUGAUAUCCAGUUAACUUAUAAGAUUCAGGAAUGUCAUCUUCACUGCCGCAUUUUAACUCAUUCAUGCAUAUGAUAUCAGCAUCUUCAUGUAUAAAAUAAUCAUUGUUUUUUUCAGAAAGAGCGCGUAAUCCCGCAACAUUCCAUGUAACAAUCUUAUGAUUGAAGGCUUCAUCAAUUCCGAACUGAAUGUUCACAUAAUCUGUUGAUACUUUAUUUAGUAGACUUUUGCUCUCAGGCUUUGAAGGCUGCUUUUUCUUUGUAAUUUGCUUUUUGACCUUUGGUGUAGUUUUUGGAGUUUCUUCUUUCGGCUUUGCUCUUGUUUUUGCCAUUUUUUAUGAUUUGUUAUUAAUUUCCCAAACAAAAGUUUUUGGCGGCGAACGACAAUUUCUGCUUCUUUUUUGCGGUGAUAAGAAAUUUCAUUUGUGUCUGACUGUCACUGCCAGUGAUCGUAACAUCGACUUUUGAGUAAUGAAUAGUCAACAUAAAGAUAAUAAAAAAAAUGUUUUCCUUUAACUAAAAUAAACAUUUCCAUAAAUAAAUGGAUGCAUACAUCAAAAUUUUAUGUUUUUUUCGUAAAAAAGUAGUAUUGUCUUUAAUAUUCCUCUUUUCAUUGGCAUAUUUCUUGCUUCAAUUUAACGCAUUUCAACUUAUAAGUCUGCAUCGAAAAUUCCAAGAGGACACUGAAUUUGAAGAAAUAGUGUACAAAAGAGAUUCACCUUUAAUUUGGAGGUCAUUAAAAGAAUAUAGUUUAAGUGAAACAGAAACUUGUAGAAACACAGAACAAGGAAUUGAAUUAAUAACAGACGAACGAGGAUUUCUUUGUUCAAGAGAAGACGUUUUCGUGACAGGAUGUUGCAAUAUCAAAGCAGAUAGCACACAGCUUUACGUUUGCAAUACUUGUAACGAAAAUCAUUGCUGUGAAGUGUUUGAAAAUUGCGUAUCAUGCUGUCUCAAUCCUGAUAAGGUACCAAUGUUAGAAAAAGUCAUUGCACAAGCUAGUGAUCGCCAAAAACUUUUGUUUACUCAACUUUCCGAUCAAUUCGAGUUGUGCUUAUCAAUUUGUAGAAGUAAUAGUCAUAGUGUCAUCAACGAGCAUCUGUACAGAUCAACUCACAAACAUUGCUUUUCAAAAACAGAACCACAUCAAUCGAUAGUGUCUGUAAUAUAAAUUCUUUAAAUAAGUGCCAAAACAAACUUUUAUUAAAACAGAAGAAAAAUUACGACUAAAUGGCUCAAAAUAAUUUUAGUCGUCAAGUGUCUCAGUUUCGAUAUCGAAUUUCUCCAGGAUAUAAAUAUUCCCAACUAGACAGAAACAAUGCUUCCCGUAAACGUAUUUUUAUAGCAAUUAUUAUUGCUACAAUCAUCGUUGUGGGAACGAUCACAGCAUACAGCAUCAUAUUGAAUAAAAAAGAAGAUGAACCGAAGCAUAAAGAACUUCAUGGAGCUGUUGUUGCAAAUGGAAAAGAAUGUGCUGCUAUUGGAGCUUCAAUUUUGAAGCAACAAGGAUCAGUUGCUGAUGCUGCAAUCGCUACAAUGUUGUGUGAAGGCCCACAAUCAACAGGGCUUGGUGGUGGAUUUCUCAUGACCAUUUUCAUAAAAGAAAAGAACCUCGUUGAAUGCCUUGACGCUCGAGAAGUUGCACCCAAAGCUGCAACUGAAGACAUGUACGUUGGUGAUAAAAAUAAAUCGUCUCUUGAAGGUGGAUUAUCAAUUGCUGUGCCUGGAGAACUGAAAGGCAUGUGGGAACUUCAUCGAAAGUAUGGAAAACUUCCAUGGAAAGAUGUGUUCCAACCAGUUAUUGAUUUAUGUAAAAAUGGACAUGAAGUCACGGAAUAUUUGGCGAGUGUUUUGGCAAGAAAAAAUCAAUCUAUUCAUGAGAUCCCGUCACUUCGAGAAGUAUUUAUCAAUCCUCAUACGGGACAGAUUUGGAAUGCAGGAGAUCGAAUAAAAAGACCUGCAUUAGCAGAAACAAUGGAAGCGAUUGCAAGACAUGGCGCUGAUACGAUGUAUUUGAUGGGUGACGUCGGUCGUCAAUUGCUUGAUGACAUCAAGGAAUUUGGUGGGAUUUUAAGUGAAGAUGACUUUGCAGAAUAUCAAGUGAAAUGGUUGAAACCUGUUGAGACGACGCUUAAGCAUGGCGAGAAACUUUACUCCAUGCCACUUACUGGUUCUGGAACAAUUUUGAUUUUCAUCAUGAAUCUUUUAAAAGAUUUUGAUUUGAAACAUGACGUUCUUUCCUAUCAUCGAAUCAUGGAAGCUUACAAAUUAGCCUAUGCGAGACGAUCUGAACUUGCCGAUCCCGCUUUUGUAGAAAAUGUUGAAAAUUUAGUUAAAAACUUGACGAGUCUCGAAUAUGCGAGAGAAAUUCGAAAGAAAAUUGAUGACAAGAAAACUCAUUACGAGAUUGGCUAUUAUGGUUCACAUUUUGCAACUCCAGAUGACCAUGGGACUGCCCAAAUAAGCGUGCUUGCUCCAAAUGGUGACGCUAUUUCAGUUACUGGAACGAUAAAUUAUAUUUUAGGAUCGUUGAGAAGGUCAAAGACUGGAAUAAUUCUCAAUGAUGAAAUGGACGAUUUUUCAACGCCAGGAUUGAAUAAUAUUUAUGGAAUUCCGCCAUCAGAAAGUAACUACAUUGCACCAGGUAAACGUCCCAUCAGUUCCAUGGCACCUUCUAUAAUUCUUCAGCCUGAUGGUCGAGUCAGUAUGGUAAUUGGAAGUGCUGGUGGAUCGAAAAUUACAACAGCAAUAGCGAACACAAUUAUUCAAUAUUAUUAUAUGAAACUGAAUAUUCCACUAAAAGAUAUGUUUGCUUUGAAACGAUUACAUCAUCAACUGAUUCCAAAUGCUGUUAUUUAUGAAGAUGGGUUUGAUAAAGCAAUUAUUGAUGGUCUUAUUGCUAAGAAUCAUACAAUGAAAAAUGUUACAAGUACAAUAGGUUUUGCUGCUCUUGUUGGUAUUCUAGUUGAAGAUGAUGUGGUUACCGGUGCUUUUGAUCCGCGUCGUGGUGGAAGUGUUGCCAUCGUUUAAAAUGUUUCUGUCAAUUUUUUAAUUAAAAUAAUGUUUUAAAUUUGUGAUAAGAUUCUAAAUAUCUAAUUUAAAGAAAAAUAUAACUUUAAAAGAAAAGAGUGCACCUAAGCAUACCUAAUUUGUAAAUUAAUAAAUAGAUAUGUUAGAUUUUCUACAUAUCAGCAGUUCCUUUGGUCGUUCCUUAGUGAAAAUGAAAGGAACAUUUCCUUGUAUUUUUGAUAAUAUCAACACAGAAUUUAUCUACACUUAAAAACUGCAUUUCACUUAAGAGUUUGUGACACUUUGACUUACAAAUAAAAAUUAUUCCUAAGAAAAACAAUAUCUUUUCUUUACAUUUCUGUCUUCAGAUUACGAUUACAG